CUAUCUAUCUAUCCCUAUACGGCGUUUUUUAAAUUUUAAUUUGGAGAGGGGGCGGGCGGCUGCGGCGCAGCUGGCAAAAAAGGGCUCCAAUGGCCAGCCCCCGGAGGAACAUAGAGCUGGAGCAUUUCGAGGAAAGGGACAAAAGGCACCCGCGCUCGAGCGCCCGACGGGGAGGGGGCAGCUCGACUUGCAGCAGUAGCUCCGGGCCCAAAGGGAACGGGCUCAUCCCGAGCCCCGCGCACAGCGCCCACUGCAGCUUCUACCGCACGCGCACUCUCCAGGCCCUCAGCUCGGAGAAGAAGGCGAAAAAGGCGCGCUUCUACCGCAACGGGGACAAGUACUUCAAGGGCUUGGUCUACCCCAUCUCCAGCGACCGCUUCCGGUCGUUCGACGCCCUCCUCAUCGAGCUCACCAGGUCUCUGUCGGACAACGUCAACCUGCCCCAGGGCGUCCGUACCAUCUACACCAUCGACGGCAGUCGGAAGCUCUCCAGCCUUGACGAACUGGUGGAUGGUGAAAGCUAUGUAUGCGCAUCCAAUGAACCAUUUCGCAAAGUUGAUUACACCAAGAAUGUUAAUCCAAAUUGGUCUGUUAACAUCAAAUCUGCAUCAUCUCGAUCCCUUACAUCUCUGACAUCUGCAAGAAGUGAUGUGAAGGAGAGCAAAGACUUCAUUAAACCCAAACUGGUGACCGUUAUACGGAGUGGGGUGAAACCACGGAAAGCUGUGAGAAUUUUGCUGAAUAAAAAGACUGCUCAUUCCUUUGACCAAGUGUUGACUGACAUAACAGAAGCCAUUAAGUUAGAUUCCGGAGUUGUCAAGAGAAUUUGUACACUGGAUGGAAAACAGGUUACCUGCUUGCAAGACUUUUUUGGUGAUGAUGAUGUCUUCAUUGCUUGUGGACCUGAGAAAUACCGUUAUGCUCAAGAUGAUUUUGUACUGGACCACAGUGAAUGUCGUGUUAUGAAAUCAUCCUACUCCCGUUCAUCUGGGAUGCAAAAGUAUUCUGGAUCUAAAAGUCCUGGACCUUCACGUAGAAGCAAAUCACCUGCUUCAGUAAAGAGGAGUGGCCACUCCAGUGCUUACUCUUCAGCAAAAUCCCCAGUCAACGGAGCUACAAGCAGCCAGAUUUCCACUCCUAAAUCAACAAAAUCUUCUAGCUCUUCUCCAACAAGCCCAGGAAGUUUUCGGGGGCUUAAGAUUCCACCACAUUGUGGGUCUGCUUCCAAUGUGAAUGGUGUGCCUGAACUUUCUCCUUGCCUGAGUCCUGAAGGUGUGAAUGGAAACAAAUGCUCAGGGACAUCAACGAUUCUUGAAAAAUACAAAGUGGGCAAAGUGAUUGGAGAUGGUAAUUUUGCUGUGGUAAAGGAGUGCAUAGAACGAUCCACUGGAAAGGAGUAUGCACUGAAGAUUAUAGACAAAGGAAAAUGUUGUGGAAAGGAGCAUUUGAUCGAAAAUGAAGUCUCAAUACUGCGCAGAGUAAAACAUCCCAAUAUUAUCAUGCUGAUAGAGGAGAUGGAUACUGCAACUGAACUGUAUUUGGUGAUGGAGCUGGUCAAGGGAGGAGACCUUUUUGAUGCUAUUACAUCCUCAACAAAAUACACAGAGCGUGAUGGAAGUGCAAUGGUGUACAAUCUAGCCAGUGCACUUAAAUAUCUCCAUGGUCUCAGUAUUGUCCACAGAGACAUCAAGCCAGAAAACCUCCUGGUCUGUGAAUAUCCAGAUGGGACAAAGUCCCUGAAGCUAGGAGAUUUUGGACUAGCCACAGUGGUAGAAGGACCUCUCUAUACAGUCUGUGGCACACCAACAUAUGUGGCUCCGGAAAUCAUUGCAGAGACAGGUUACGGCUUAAAGGUGGACAUUUGGGCUGCAGGUGUCAUUACAUAUAUACUGUUAUGUGGGUUUCCACCAUUUCGUAGUGAGAAUAACGUUCAAGAAGAUCUCUUUGAUCAGAUUCUGAUUGGAAAGUUAGAAUUUCCAUCCCCAUACUGGGAUAACAUCACUGACUCUGCUAAGGAGUUAAUUAGUUUGAUGUUACAAGUAAAUGUGGAAGCGAGAUAUACAGCUGCUCAAAUUCUUAACCACCCUUGGGUAUCAGAUGAUGCCUCCCAGGAAAACAAUAUGCAAGCUGAAGUAACAGGUAAAUUAAAGCAGCACUUUAACAACACACUACCCAAACAGAAUAACCCAACCGCAGGGGUUUCUGUCAUCAUGAACACAGCUCUAGAUAAAGAAAAACAGAUCUUCUGCAACAAGCGCUAUCAGGACUCUGGUCGAACUGCUGUGAACCAAACCACAACAAUAAAUGCUGCAGCUCAUGAGCCUCCAAUGGUUGGUCUUAAAACAUUAUUUCCUGCUGCUUCUGAGCCACUCAAACUAUCUACACACCUCGUCUCAGCAUGUCAUGAGGAUACUGCAGGAUUUAUUUAAGACACGGUCCACUGAAGUCCACAGCUAGGUCAGAAAUCUAUCCGCUACUGUUCUCUUGCCCUCACUACUGUAGUUUAUUCACAUCUGUUUGAAAAGGAUGCAGGUAGUACGUACAGUAGUUUUUAGUGCUCUGGACAUUGUUUGGAAAGUUACCUUGUUUUUAGCAUUAUAUAUAAUUUCAACACUUGGAUUUGAACGAAAUAAUUAUUCUAGUGCAAAUCAUAUCUUGAUAUGCAGACUUUACAUUGAAAUAUUAAGACGCCCCAUCCAGCCAUCUCCAGAAUGGUUUUUUAAAAAGUAGAAAAUUAGAAGUUCUAUUAUUCUUUUAUGCAAUUUGGAUGGUUCAGUUCUGGAGUUACUCUGGAGAGGCAAGAUUGGUCCCAGUGGACAAUCUGUACAAUAUUGAAAGGCAGGCUGUGUGCGUGAGAAUGAAUGUGUGAAACCGUGGUCCUAGGAAGGGGUGGGAGACAUUUUAAUAUUAAAUGAUCUGGUUUGAAAUUAAAGUUUAGAUAACACAAACUUUACAAUGUGGAAUUUAAUACAAAAAUAACAUAAUGAAGGGGCAAUCAUUUUUCACUCUUUUUUGUAAGAAGACUGAAGGUCACAAAACCUUCAGCUGUUGUUAUUCUCAUAAGCUACUUUCUGCCACUGACACUUAUCAUUAAUUAUUACAAACAACAAAAACUGCCUAGAGUGGAAAGCUUGCUGCAUGUGUUGCAUUACCUAAAAGGGAGCAGUGUAUUUAAAGCAAGCUGCCUGAAGCAGUGAACAUCUGGUCACCUACACAGAUUGUUUUUGCCUCCCCCCCCCAAUUAGGCCACUUUUUUUGUACUGAUGGAAAGAGGGUGGGAUAUUUGAGGAACAAUUACUCUAAAAUGUGCAAUCAAGGGUAGAAGGGGUUGUGUCUUCUUAAUGCUUGUUUUACUGUUGUAUGUACUCUGUUUCCUUUUGCUCCUUUUAACAAUUCUAAAUCAUUUUCUAUUAGCUUUUAUUUUACAUUAGGACUAUAAAACCUGCAAUAAAAAUUCUUCUUGAAAAAAGUAAAUGGUAUUUUGUAAUGUAUAUAUAAUUGAGAAAGUAAGUCCAAUAUGGGUUGAGUUCCUUUUGGUCUAUGUGGCAACUAUAUUCUCAAGGUUAACAAUCUGGAAUCGAUUCAGGUUAGAUGGAUGAGCAUUAUACAUACUGACUGUACCAUACUUGAGAGUCCCACAGAACACAGAGCAAUGUAUUUCCAAGUAAAUAGGUAC